AUGGAAAGCAGGCGUAUCCCGCCUGAUAGGCAGAACAACGCCGCCUUGCCCAGCUGCUGCCACAGCAGCUGCAGCCGGCCGUCUUGAGCGCCAUCUCCCGGGCUGCCGGCCAACCUAUUCCGCAUCUUGCCGAAGCUGGACACCAUCUCGCGACUGGUGGGCGAAAGGCUGCGGUUGCCCCUGCCGACACCAUCGCCACGGGUACUAUGUCUGACGGGGGAACUCAUCCAUGCCGAGUGCGCGGGCCUGGU